AGGCACGUUGCUCGAUAAACGCUGCUCGAUCAAUAUUUGGGCCUUUGCCUAACACGCUCAUACUUGACAACCCUAGCGGUAAGAAGUAGUCUGCAAAAUUAGCAGUGCAAAUCAAAACAAAUAGAAAUGUUUGAAAAUAAUUCUAUAGAAAUACCCGAUUCAGACGACGAAGAAAUGGCGUCGUCUAAAUUGAAAGCAGUCACCAACGAGGCAAAAGAUUCAGUGCCUGUGGGAGUAUCAGCCACAGCCAAUUCCAACAAGUCCUCCCCGCAAGGAAGUCACAGAAGGAAGACGCAGCACACAGUGCGCAAUGAGGCUGAAACUGAUAUGCAAUUUGAGACCAUAGCCGACGAAGAGUCCGUGUUAAUGCCAGUCGCAGUGCCAUCCAAAUUAGAUGAUAAUUUAAAAACAGCCAUAGGCAAUAUGUUAGAUUCCGAUGAUACGAAAACGUAUUUACAACGUCUGGCCAAUGAGCGCGUGCGCUGCAACUUUUUGUUAGCUACCUACCAGUUGCCAGAUAUAAACUUUGUAAUAGGCACUCCGAUUGAAACGUUACAAAAUGAGUAUAACUUACGCCUCAGACAACGGCAGGAGCGGUCAGCUACUCCUGGAGUAGAAGCUGGUGUUUAUGUUGCAUCAAAUCCAUCUAAUGCCCCGCGUGCCCCUGGACUUGUGGAAAAUGUUUGUUAUGUUGCAAAGCCCGCAACAACAUCAACAAAUACUAAAGCUCCGCCAAAAUGACAAAAUAUUAAGUUUAAGGAUAAUAUACUUAAAAAGUGAAUUUAGAAUUUUAUUUUGUUUCUAAGU